GGCAAAGGAAAUCACUUCCACAGGCGAAGCUGCUGAAUCUUUGGUUUUGUUUCAGCUUCCUCCUCAGGCUGCCGCAGGACUCGCAGCUCCACUUCGGUUUGCUUCGAGCUCACUGUGGUGGGUUUCACUGAUCUGCGAUCCGUCUGUUCCCUCAGGUCCUCCAUCAUGCUCCGUCACAGUUUCGUGCUGAUCGGCGCCCUGCUCUCAUUGGCUGUGCCCCUGCUGGUUGCCAUGGAGACCUGCCCAGCGACAGUGAUGCCAGGAAUGCCAGGUAUUCCCGGGAUGCCCGGCAAAGACGGUCGUGACGGAGAGAAAGGAGAGAAAGGACAGCCAGGAGCAGUGUGGCAAGGCGGUCUCGGCCUUCAGAAGGGAGAGAAGGGGGAGCCUGGCAUAAUGGGAUUCUCCGGGAAACGAGGUCAGAGCGGGGACACGGGGAAGCCAGGGUUCCCAGGGAUGGCCGGACCUCCAGGAGAACCAGGAGAUCAAGGGGCUGUUGAUGUCCAACAGAGGGCAGCCUUCAGCGUCGCGAGAGGAUCCAACGAAUAUCCCCUGAGAGCUAGCGUCAUUCGGUUCACCACAGUCAUCACCAACAUCAACGAUGACUACAACAUCACAACGGGACGCUUCAGGUGUCGGAUUCCUGGAACGUACUACUUUGUGUACCAUGCUUCUUUAGACGAGCGACUGUGUGUGCUGAUGAAGCUGGAUGAAACACUGCUGGCAGCGUUCUGUGAUCAUCGCCGCGGCAGGAGACAGGUGACCUCAGGCAGCCUGGCGGUCUACCUGGCCAGGGAUCAGGAGGUUUGGCUGGAGACUAAAGACUACAGAGGGAUGAGAGGAAAACGGGAAGGUUACAGCAUCUUUUCUGGCUUCCUGCUGUAGCCUCACUGACCCACAGGACGGGAAACACCAACAAGUCCUCUCACUCAGAUUUACUGGACAGCUCUUUGAUUGCAACACAAUGUCUUCCCUUCCUUCAACCUGACCCUUUAACCUUUUUGGAAAGUACAUGUUGGUUACUUUUCACAUUUAAUUCUCCUUUAUUUAACCAGGUAAAGUCUCAUUGUGAUUAAAAUGGAGACAUGAUCAACAAAACAAGCAUAAAAACUUUGCUAAAACAACGAAUACAAACAUUAUAAACAAGUUGUUACAUGCUACAGCAGGCAAACUCAGGCAGACUCAAAAUCUGUUUAAGAUGAGUGAACGACUUUGUGUAAACUUUAUGAAAUGAAGUAAAAAUAUAAAACCAAA